AAUAGAAAAGGAAAAUCACAAUUUUCCAUGAGGACUCCGCUCCACUAGGGGGCGACAUCAACAAUCGAUAAAUAUUAACAUCCGUCAGGAAACGCAGGAGGAAAUCCAACUAAAAGCUAGAUUGAAGCAGAAAAUGGACACACGGUUUACUCGAGGGAAAUCCACCAUCCUGGAGCGACCCCUGACCCGACCCAAGACUGAAGUGAGCCUGAGCGCCUUUGCGCUCCUCUUCUCAGAGAUGGUCCAGUACUGUCAGAGCCGAGUGUACUCCGUAUCCGAGCUGCAGACACGGCUCUCUGAGAUGGGUCAAAGUGUGGGAGCCAGCAUGCUGGACGUCCUGGUGCUGAGAGAGAAGAACGGGAAGAGGGAAACCAAAGUCCUCAACAUGCUGCUCUUCAUUAAGGUUAACGUCUGGAGGUCCCUGUUUGGUAAAGAGGCGGAUAAGCUGGAGCAAGCCAACGAUGACGACAAGACUUACUACAUCAUUGAGAAGGAUCCACUCAUCAACACGUACAUCUCGGUUCCUAAGGAGAACAGCAGCUUGAACUGUGCUGCCUUCACGGCGGGCAUCGUGGAGGCCAUCCUCACACACAGUGGCUUCCCCGCUAAAGUCACUGCUCACUGGCACAAAGGCACCACCCUGAUGAUCAAGUUUAAUGAGUCUGUUAUAGUCAGAGACAAGGCUUUGGAUGGCAGAUAAGAGUGACUCCACGGUGAGUGUGAUGAGCUGAAUGAGGGGAAACCUUCAGGUCCAGUCAGAUUAUUUAUGGUGUGUGUCUGAAACAGGUUUACUCUGAAAAUUAAUGGAUGGAUGGAUGACGGUGCUUCACUGAAACUCAUAUACCUGGUUUACCUUCUAUGGUGACAUUAGCUCUUAAAAAGUCCCACCUGUUCUGUUCAAUAUAAGCUUUAUAAUAAAAACGCCGCAACAUUUUGGACAUCCAGGAUUUAAUAUAAACCACAAAUAUUUUUCAAACCUUCUAUUUUCUCUAAUUGGUUAAAAAUUGGAAGAAAAAAAAACAUGAGAUCUUCCAAACAAAGUAAGGGGCUCUGAUUUAUCUGGUUAGAUGUUUAUGCCCUUUAUUUCAAUUCAGUAAGAUGUUGUUUUUUGUUUGUUUUUUUGACAUCCAGACUUAUUUUUCGAUUUCAUUCCAUUUCAGCUAUUUUUUUGUGAAUGUGAAGCAUGACUUAUGUUCUAGUUUUUGUUCCUGGAAUAAAAUACUUUUACUACUUGUCAAUGUUAAAA